AUGAGCACCUCCACAAAACUCCUCGAGGAGUACAUGGAAAAGAAACAGCAAGGCGUUCCCGACCGCUCAUUCUCAAACCCUGCCCUCGAAGGCCGCGUCAACAACCGCAACCAGGAAUUCUCAAUCGUCAGUCGGAGACCGCUCAGGAUGGACCACGGGGACAACUCUAUGGGCGACCGAUCUUUCAAUGGGGGCUACUCAGGAGGUCAGGGCGGAGGGAACCAGAGUUUCGCAGACUCGAGCUAUGGCAAUGGGAGCUUUGGCUUUGGGAAUGGUACCUUUACCUCAACGCACAGGGGGUGUGCGAGCCAGUGGUCUGAAGACAGAGUGGAGCAGAUCCAGGCGAGGUUGAAGAGGAAGCUUGGGCCAGAGUAUGUGACUCAACGCCCCGGGCCUGGUGGAGUGCAGAAACUGAGCUAUAUCGAAGGAUGGAAAGUUAUCAACCUCGCCAACGAUGUGUUUGGCUACAACGGCUGGUCGACUACCAUCGUGUCGCUGAAACCAGACUUUAUUGACCAGACAAAAGAAGGCCGGGUCUUUGUAAAUGCCACUGCUAUCAUCCGGAUCACUCUUCUCGACGGGACAUUCCAUGAAGACGUUGGGUGUGGACAAGCGGAGAAUGUCAAGAGCAAAGGCGCUGCUAUCGACAAAGCGCAAAAAGAGGCGGUGACAGAUGCUACCAAGCGUGCGCUUCGAAUGUUUGGCAAUGUGCUCGGUAACUGCCUCUACGAUAAAGAGUACACCAAAGAGGUUGUAAAGAUGAAGGUCCCUCCGGCCAAGUUCCAACCAGAUGGGCUUGAAAGACGUGCAGAGUUUGCUCCGCCCGGGUAUAGCCAUGAUACUGCUCCAGGCCCAUCUCGCUCCAACUCCAUCCCACCGCAUAUGAACAACGACAAUCGACCUCCUCUGAACAACAAUAUUCUUCCUCCUCGCAACAUUCCUCAAGCCGAUCCACAACCCCCACCACCACCCAUGCGCCCGCCACCCAAUGACAUCGAGGCCACGCCACUAAAAUCAGUCCACAGUGGGGAUGGUCAGGAGGACGAGUACUUCUUUGACGAAAAUUUUGAUGCGGAGUUUGCACAGUUCGAUGAUGAUUCCAUGAUGGCGGGAGUAGAUGGGGCUGGACCGAGCUCUGGCACUAAUACAAGCGUACACUCUGAACCUUCCAAGCCUGAACGACCGGCGUACCAACAUCGUGCCCGCCCAGACUUAAACAAGUCUGUGUCUGAGGGUCCCGCCAAAGAAGCAUCGUUUCAGAAACCUGCUCCUCCUCAAGCACCCCAAUUCGGGCGCCCGGCCCAGCAUGCUCCUCAAGCUCCGGUUGUGCACCAUGCGCCAGUGCUGGAAGGGCAAAAGACUAUACCGUCCAACAGCAGCCCCGUUGACAGGGGUGUGUUUGGAAAGACGGUGUCUGCGCCAGUCGCUGUAGGAAAGCAGCCGCCGAAAGUUGUUGGUGGAUUCAAUUUCCCAGGACCUGCAAAUAAGCCUGCAUCUUCCAGAGCUCAAGCGAUUCUCAAAGGCCUAAACGGCAAUACACACCCUUCGCCUCAUCUCAAAGGCCCCGAGUCCCCACGGAUUCCCUCGGGUGGUGUAGACCACGCCGCUCAGCGGGCCUCCUCCAGGCUCGCUAAAGAAGGCGCGAGGCUGGGCUUUGAUGAGAAUGACGAGGCGGUGGCGGCGGACUUGGCAUUGGGAGGGUUUGCGAGUGCUAAAGGGUUGAAACGGGCGCCACCUGGAGCAGAACGGAGAAGUCGUAGUCCGUCGCCUACGAAGAAGAGUGGAGGAGUGCAAGGUAGAACAGCAUUGGGGGAGUUGGAUCCUGCAGAUUGGGCUGCCAAGAGGUCUAGGUUGGGUUAG